CGAUCAUCGGUUUUCCAACAACAGUAAAAACACACAAAUCUCCACUGCAUAUUUCGGCCAGGCCAAUAUUAUAUUUUCAUAAUCAGAAACGGUAAAAGUAUUCAUAAUUUAUUCGUAAGGUGACAAUUCACUAUAUACCAGUAGACGUCCAAAGCAUCUCGUCAUAAUGCAACUGUGCCAUUGAGUUAAGGAAAUAUAUUGAAUUUUGGUGAAGAAAACAGAAGCAAUUAGUUACCGCAUCCAUAAUUGAAUUGCUCCUAUUUGUGUACAUGUUUAUAAUCCCACAUCACAUCGCCACUUUGUAUAAGAGACAAAAUUUACUGAUAACGCAGGUUCAGACAAAAAGAAAAGAAGGAUUAACACCGUCGACUCACACUGGUGAUUAGCGUGAGAUUGGACUAGUCAGUGGUUUAGUGAUCCUACUACCUAUUACGUUUUGAAAGUAAAACGUCCAAGAUUAAUCUCUCAGUCCAAAUCAAUAUGGGCGAAGGUGAAGAAUCUCCCCCAACGAUACCGCCAAGUCUGCCACCACGAGAACAUUUGAUUACCACCGCAAUUAAGUUCCUCAAUAAUCCAAAUGUUUUGAGAAGUGGUAUCGCUCAGAAGCAAUCGUUCCUGCGAUCCAAAGGGCUGACGGAGGACGAAAUCCAGUUGGCCUGUGAACGGGCAGGAGUCUUCUCCAAGGACCCUAACGCGGUCCAAAUCAGUAUGGGACUGGAAACGGGCAAUCGGAGUUCUGUCGUUCAGCAGCAACAGCCUCAGACCUGGUUUGGCCGAAUGCGGGAAAUACUCAACUCGGUCGCAAUCGUGAGCGGCCUUAUGUAUGGAGUCUAUCUAUUUUACAAGCGUGUUAUUGAGCCCUUGAUAUUCCGGGGCAAAAAACCUAAACCGGUCCACGAGCAGCUGGCGGAUUUGAACCGAACGGUUGAAGUUAAAAUUGACUCACUAAGCUCAGAGCUAUCGAAGAUCAAGGAGGAUCUGAACCGACUAAACCAGACGCAGAACACCGUCAAGGAGAUGGGAAACUUCAAAUCCGAUCUGGAUUCCAUCAAAGGGCUUCUUCUAAACAGAAAACAAUUCGCUUCCCCAAACCUGCCGGUGAUGCCCCCGUCGAUUCCGGCCUGGCAGCUACAGGCGGCUCAGGGACAGCAAAGAACUCCCACUAGCGAAGGGGAAACGGACAAGAACGAUGACAACGAUACCGGAUCCGGGUCCGGUUCCAGCGAAAAUGAUGUGGUGCUGAAAAAUAGUGACAGCAGUCUGGAGAUAAUAUCUUAAACACGUGGAAAGAUGUAGGAUCGAACAAAAACUUCUCGCUAAACAUGGGUUUUCCCCAGACAGUUCAAGGGUUCAUGGCUAUUAUGAAUAGAUUGGGAUCUGUACAUGUUGUAUUAUGAUUUAAAUUAGUUAAUCAAUUUAACGAGUGAAUUUUAAAGCGUUUCAUGAAACAUCAUACUUGUCGAAUUCAGGUAGUAACUGUUAAACAAUAAAGAAAACGAAUGCUUUACAAAACCACUGACUUCCCAUUCCCUACAUAUGAUUGUGUGUGCAUUUAUAAUGAAGUGAUAAUAUUGAAAGAAUUAGGAUCGAUACAGAAGGGCAAUAAACAUAAUAUGGUGUUCAGUUUG